UGAUAUUGAAAACAUUUCGAUAUUAAAAGAUGCUUCGGCUUCGGCAAUUUACGGUUCACGUGGUGCCAAUGGUGUUGUAUUGAUUACUACCAGGAAAGGCCGUAAAGGACAGGGCAUCCAGUUUUCUGAAAAUACUUCGUUAAGUACUGCCGCAAGCCGUUAUGAUAUCCUUAACGGCCCCGACUUUUUAAAAGCCGUAGCUGGUACAGGUGCAGAUGCUAAUGCUAUUAAUAAAGGUGCCAACACCAACUGGCAAGAUCAAAUUUUCCGCAAGGCUGUUUCUCAAAAUGUAAACCUUGGUUUUGGUGGUGCUAAAGAUGGCUUUAACUAUAGGGCUUCUUUUGGUUAUGACGAUCAAAAUGGUAUCAUUAAAAAAUCCGGAAUUAAACGUGUAACAGGGCACGUUAACGCGUCGCAAUCUUUAUUUAAAGAUGUGGUAAAAUUAGACUUGAGUUUGGCUGGUUCAAAUGUUAAAAACCAAUAUGCUCCGGUUACCAACGAUGCUGGUUUCCAAGGCAGUUUAAUAGGUGCUACAAUUGGUCUUAACCCAACUUACCCGAUUAAAAAUGCCGAUGGUACUUAUUUCUUUGACGGCAGUAACCUUAACCCGGUUGAUAUGUUGAAUAACACUUAUGAUAAUA